GCUUAAACCACCUGAGGAGGAAUAUGUAGCCCACAGAGCGCGGAACAGAGCGACUGGAAGGAGUGAACUCUCCGUCCAAACAGAAAACAAGAAUGUCUUCCAAGCCGAAUGGAAGCCCGCCUCCCUAUGAGUCCGAAAAUGAAUAUAAUGUGCUUCCCCAACCUGCACACUCCUAUUACGCUGAUGAUGAGUUACAGCACUUCUACCGCUGGACUUCCCCACCAGGCGUCAUUAAGAUUAUGGCGGUCAUCUGUAUUGUGGUCUGUGUGGGUAUUUUUGCCUGUGUGGCCUCCACUUUAGCCUGGGACACCCCUGGAGGGGUGACUGGGUUUUCGGGCAGCUACGGAGGAGCAUAUGGAGGAAACUAUGGAGGAGGCUAUGGUGGAGGCUAUGGAAGCUUUGGUGGAGGUUAUGGUACAAACUUCGGCUAUGGCCUAUUGGGCUCACAGAAUGACCCCAGAAAGGCGAAGGGCUUUAUGAUUGCUAUGGCUAUCAUCACCUUCGCUGUUCUUCUGGCCAUGUUCGUCAUACUGAUCUCCCAUCGGGCACGCACCAGAAAGUUCUACCUAAUCCUCAUUAUUGUCUCUGCCAUCCUGGCCCUGUUCAUGCUUAUUGCCACAAUAGUCUACUUGGUUGCGGUUAACCCAAUGGCUCAAACCUCAGGCUCUUUGCAAUAUAAUCAGGUAAUAGCACUUUGUGCCCAGUACCAGGACCCUCAGAUUUCAAGUCAACUGUUGGUCAACCAGUACCUGUAUCACUACUGUGUGGUGGACCCUCAGGAGGCAGUGGCCAUUGUUUUUGGGUUUCUAGUCACUGCGUGCCUCAUCAUCAUCAUGGUGUUUGCCAUCAAGACCCGUCAGAAAAUCAACUAUUAUGGGAAGGAGAAUAUUCUGUGGCGUCGAGAGAAAUUUGUUGAAGAUCCUAACCCUCCCCAAGAUGUAGAGGAUUGGGUGAAUAAUGUUUCUGGUGCUCCAGAGCCUGUACUGAAUGAGUAUCCUGAGAAGUUUGGAGGCUCAAGGAACUGCCUGGAUGACAACAGUUCAAUCUAUGACAAACCUCCUGCCAGCCUUCUGGGAGUGGAGCAUAAUAUUCCAGUGCAGAAUUCAGCUCCCUACUACAGCAGCUCUGAUGUAGCCAGUUCAGCAAGUCGGCCCAAGAAAAGACGCGCUGGACGCCCCCGUCGUUCAGAUGGAAAGGACUAUGACACUGACUAUGCAUCAUCUGGAGAUGAGUUGGAUGAUCAGGACUUCUCUAGUGAUUUCCCCCCCAUUUCUUAUGAUGAGGAGAGAGAGAACUAUAAGCGCCAGUUUGACAGAGAGCACCAAGAGUACAAGAGCCUGCAGGCAGAGAUGGAUGAAAUUAACAAGCGGCUGGCUGAGGUGGAUCAUGAGCUGGAUGAGCUCCAGGAAGGGUCUCCACAGUUCCGGGAUGCCAUGGAUGAGUACAAUGCGCUAAAGGACAAAAAGAAGAGUGCUGAUUACCAGAUGAAGAAGAGAAGAUGCAAAUAUCUUAAGGCCAAGCUAAACCACAUCAAGAGGAUGGUCAGUGAUUAUGAUGCUCGUGCAUGAGGGUCUGGAAAUCCAGACCAUGCUAUAUACCAAAGGGAUAAAGAGCAUUUGGACAGAGUAGUGCAUCCAAGGGCUUGCUGUAUGUGAGGGAGGCCAUUUUCAUUACUGGAUAUUGGUAAAUACAAGUAGAUUUACUUAUAUUCCUGGUGCCUCGAUCAUUUUUUUUUUUUUUUUUAAAGUGGUCACAGCAGCUUUGGUCAUUAUGGGACAUGGCACAAAGUUCACCUCUGAAUUUUAGAGAACAAUGUGUCUGUUGACCUGAGCAGCUCCAGUUUCUUAUGAUGUUACAUGUUGUGGUUACAGGGGUUCUUUGAAGACUAUAGAAUAUUCUAGCUGUUCUAGAUUUAAGCUGAUGUAUCAGUUUCCUCUGUUAACUUAUUUAUACAUAAUUAUAUUCCUGUUUUAGGGGGAAAUGGCAAUGUGCUGUAUUUUCACUUAAUAGAUUUAUUUUGCUUGGGACUUGAUCAUUUAGGUACAAAGGAGAAAAUCAUUUAGGUACAAACUGCUCUAUGUUCAUAAUGUUUAAGACUGUGAAUGCUGUAAUGUCAUUGUUUUUCAGAAUCUGUUUAUAUCUGUAAAUAUGCAAGUCUCAUGGCUACAGUUUUCUGAAUUUUCUGAUGAAUGAUUGACUCUUAUUUUUUAUUAGAAAAAAUAAAAUGUUUUUAACAAAAUUAA